AUGGUUUAUAUGUGUUGUAAAGUGUUGUCAAUUGAGAGCAAAACAUUCACUCACUUUCUCUAUGUAUUUGUGUGUUGGCGUCAGUUAUGUAACAUUAAGACCAACACAUGUAUUGUUGUUGUUGUGAUUGACUCUAUGUUUAUAAAUAAGUGUAACUCUAUUACUAUGUGUUAUGUGUUAGCAGUUAUACCCAUAGAAAGCAAUGCAAAUGAUUAACACAUUUAAUGAGUGAAUGUCUCCAUAACUGACUAAAGCUGUUAUUGUUUACAAACAAUGAUUUAAUUGAUAUAUGAAUAUAAUUGUUGUGACCCAUCAAUGAUAGCCAUUAUACUCAUGACAACAACGUCAAGUAAUUUAUUUGAUGAAUAUGAACGGCAAUAUUGAAGACAAAAAGUUAAGUAAUGGCAGUGAAGAUAAUAAACUGAAUGAUAUGGAUCUCAACGAGAGUGAAAAAUGUAGAAAUAUGAUCAGUUAUUGUUCAUCACCCAUUGGAUCCAAUUCACAGUUUCUUAUAAAUCAAGCGGACAAUGAUUUACGAUCUACAUCACUGUCGCCACUAUUCCAAAACAUCCAGAAUUGUAAUAAUUGGACGCAAAGUCAUCUAUCAUAUAAUGCACCGACACAUGAAUCAAAUGAACCCGACAUUGAAAAUAUUGAAUAUGUGGCGCAAACACCUAUUGAAAAUUCAAGGCUUCUCCAUGUUUUGUCUGAUUUGGUGAAGACAUUUAUUGAUACCGAACACGAUAUUCAAAAGCAUUUAAUAGAUAUGGGAAUUGAAAGCAAAACGACUAAUAAAGAAGAUUUAUUACAGAGUUUUAUGUCAUUAAAUGAUGACAUUAAUGACAGACUUCAUGAAACUUAUGAGUUGUGUGAAGACGGACCCGAAUCAGCUCAUAAUUCAAUCCCAUUAUAUUUUACAUCUCAUACGAGUCAUACUUCACAAAACAAUGAGGUGGAAGAGGAUGUCGUUUUGGGCGCCAGUCGACGACUCAGGACAGCUGUCGACCGAAUUCUUAAACUGUUGAGUGAAAUCGUAUCCAAACAACACGAACACGACUUUAAUUCACUUCUUAAGAAAAAUGAAGAACUUCUUACAGAACUUAACGAAGAAUGUGUUCGACGAAAUAAAUUGACGGCACAAUUGCUACAAAUUGAAGAUCGGGUCAAAAGUCUUGAAAUAGAAAAGACAACUCUAACUGAAAAACUGAUUGAUUAUAAAGAAAUAAAAAGACAAUUAGAAAUAAUGAGAAUCAAAGUGAAUGAUCUCGAGUCCGAACGAGACAAAUGGAUUAAUGAUAGCAAACGUCUUGAACAAGAAAAGUGUUCAUUUGCUCAGGGAUUACCACAACUACAACAAAAUAUAGUCACUAAUAAUAGCACUGAUAUCUCUGCACAAAACACUGCACUGUUCACAAACACAGAAUUGGUUAACGACAACGACUCGCUUAACGGUGAUGUUCUUCAGCUACAACAGGAACGCAUCAAACUAUUGCAACGAAUUCACGCUUUAACUCUUGAAUGUGAACAACUAAAGAGUGAAAGAGACGAUAUUGUCGAUGAUAAAGGAAAAGAAAGCGAAGACUUUAUGGCUCAAAUUGAAGCCAACGAGAAGAAUAUCUUAAGUUAUCGUAAGUUUAUUGAAGAACAAACACAUGAACGGGAAAUGGAAAGGGAUGAGUAUCACAAAGAAUUAUCGGCACUCACUGAACGUCUUAAGGAAAAAGAGAAAAGUGAAUCUAAACUAAAGUCACGUUUUGAAGAAAUGGAUACUCAGAUCAGUUGCUUAACCGAAGAGAAGUGUUAUAAAGAUAAACAGUUAGACGACAUCAUUGCAAGACUAAAACUUGCUAACAAUGACAUCAAUGAUUUGAAUACAACUAUUAAAAGAUUAGAAAAAGAGAGCGAAAAAAGCAAUCAAUUAGAGAGACAAUUACGCUCUAAGAUUGAUGGACUCAAUGAAGCACUUGAACUACAAAUUAAAAUCAAUGAAGAAUCACAAAAUGAUAUGUUUGCCAAUAAUUUGUUAGAACAGAUUACUUCAAAGACACAAAUGUUGCAAAAUACAUUGAGAUCAAUUGAUGGUGAUAGUGAAUCAGAACCAUCAUCAAUGGAGUGCUCAUUUAGUGACAUUAGAUUACUCAGUGAAAAGUUGAAUUCAUUAAAUAUAUGUAUUGAUCAGCUUUUGACACAAAAUAAUACUCUUAAACGCGAUUUAGAGCGAAGUAAAUGUGAUAAUAAUAAAGAWUUUCAAGAAUUGUUUAAAGAAAAACAAAGUCUUGAAAGAAAUUUGACCGAAAUUUGUCGAUCAAAUGAUUUAUUAAAAGAAGAACUCAAUGUUAAGCACAAACAGUUGAGUUCAUUAAAGUCCAAACUCGAGUCAGCCAUUGAUUCUUCAGACAUGAGACGUAUGUUUGAAGAAAUUCAAAACAAAUUGAUAUCUGAAGAACAAAAAACAAAAGCCUUAGAUUUUGAAGUGAUAUCAUUGAGACAACAAAUGGACGAAAAGAACAAUAAAGUUGUCCAACUUAUGGAUGAACUGAACAAUAUUAAACAAAUGUCCAAAACUUUAGAAAAUGAAAAAUUUCAGUUAAUUCGCGAAACAAAUGAAUUGAGAUAUAAAUUAAAAUCAAAAGAGAGUUUAGAAAACAAUUUGACUGAAAUAUUUCGAUCAAAUGAAUUGCUUAAAGAGGAACUCAAUAGUAAACACAAACAAUUAACUUCAUUGAAGUCGAAACUGGAGUCAACUGCCAACUCAUCCGAUUUGAAGUAUAUGUUUGAUGAGUUAAAACACAAACUCAUAUCUGAAGAGCAGAAAACUAAAAGAUUAGAUAAUGAAUUAGUUUUAUUAAAACAACAAAUUGACCAAAAAAGCAAAAAGAUAUUGCAAUUGAUCGAUGAAUUGAAUGAUCUUAAAGAGCAGCUAAAGAGGAUUGAAUUAGAAAAAAGUCAAUUGAUUCAUGAAAACAAUGAAUUAAAACUUAAAUUAAGUAAUAAAGAGAGUUUAGAAAGAAAUCUAACAGAAAUGUGCAGAUCUAAUGAAAUAUUAAAAGAAAAACUUAUUGAUAAACAACAAAAACUAAAGAUAUUAAAGUCUAAACUCGAAGUAAAUGCUGAGACGUCUAAUAUGAAGCAUAUGUUUGAUGAAUUGAAAACUAAAUUAUUAAAUGAAGAACAGAAAAACAAAGAUUUUGAUUUUGAAUUGAUUUCACUAAAGCAACAAAUGGAUUGCAAACAAAUUAAAAAUAUACAUUUAACCGAUGAAUUGAAUAAUAUUAAUCAAAAGUUAAGAGCUUUAGAAGUAGACAAAAGUCAAUUGAUGCGAGAAAAUGAUGAAUUGAGACUCAAAACAAUUACCACUUCAUCCAAGGAUAGUCCUAACGGAAUAUCAUCGCAAUUGUUGUGGAAAUUAAAACGAGUCAUUAGUCAGAAAAAUGCAUUAAUUCAUCAAAAGAAAUACUUACUCCACGUUUUGGGCGGAUUUCAGUUGACUGAAAGGGCAACUCUUGCACUGUUAGCUAAUAUGAAUGUUACAGUUGACGACGAAUUACCGCCCUUUCAGAGCAGCAAAAAUAAAUUCCGAAGUGUUGUCUAUUGUGUUAUUGCGAUAUCAAGAAUGAAAUUAUUAGUAAAAAAAUGGAACUCAAGAACUCAUUUGAAAAGUAAAUCCAAAACAAAUAUAUCGAAGACAGUGAGUACUCACUCAUUGGGCGCCACUAAUGAAAGACAAACAGAUUCAACACUUCAAGAGUUUGUCAAUCGAUUGCAGAGACUUCACGACACACUCGGUCUGAGAACCGGACAAAUAUAAUGUCAAACACAGUAUAGUAUAAUACAGUAGUAUUUAAAAUAUAGAUUUUGAUAACUACAAUAUUAGCCAAAUAUUAUUACCCUAAUUGGUGUAUAUAAAGCAAUACAGUCGGGAACUGAUUUGAGGACACAUCGGUGCCAAAGAUGUUUAUCCUUUAAAUCUGAGUUUUAUUUGAAUGACAAAAAAAUUAAAAAUAUAUUUAUACUAUUUAUUAAAAUUAUUAUUAUU